AUGCCGCCAGCAGCUGUCACCUGUCCCGUCCUUCGGAUGACCCCGUCUGCACUGUGGAAUCAAUAUCAAUACUUCAAUUGGCAAGUAGGGAACAACUGGCCUGCCAACACUGCCUAUCAAGACAACUAUGAUGUCCCUCCCUCCGAUCGCCCUUGCAUCAGCUACCCUGCGACAUGCAACGGGCCCAGUGACUACACGUGCACGAGGGGGAUCAGGAGGCUGACUGACAUGAACGUGAAGCGGAGAAUGUACGAGGUGAAGCCAGGAAGUCCUGCAGUGUGCGGUCAUGGGAACCGAGAGUUCUCAUUCUUUGUUCGACCUGGGGACUCAGUACAAGACCUGAUCAUCCUGUUUGCAGCAGGCGGAAUCUGUUGGGACGCAGCGAGUUGCAGCGGGGUGACGGGGUUGAUGUCCAUCGACUCGAUGAACAGCCAGUACUACAAGGAGAAAUUCGCAUCGGUCCCUGUCGACAUGAAACGAACUCUGAGAGACAAUGACCCCGGGCUGAAGACAGGAAUCGUAGAUGCCUGGUCUAUCGGCCUUGACUUCCUGCCAUGGUCCCUGGUGGUCAUCCCAGAUUGCACUGGUGACAUGCACAUCGGUAACCGAACAAGAGCCGUCAACCACGGAACGAGCUCCUGCUACACGGUCCACCACAAGGGUGCGGUGAACACCGGCCUUGCCCUCCAGUGGGUCCUCGACAACUUCAAGAACUUGAAGCGGCUCCUGCUGGUUGGCUCAUACCAGGAGGCAAACUCCAAGGCAUAUGGCGCGCAUGGUGUGAUCUUCUGGGCCAAGUACCUUCAGGAGCAGAUGCCGUCGACGGUCGUCCGGACUGUCGUUGACUCAUCCAUGGGAAUCGCCGGGCCCUGGUUCAAGGCUUACAUGGCGGACGAUAUAUGGGGAACGGCGAACGCACUUGUUCCCACUGCUACUGGUGCUGGCGCCAAGGACAAGCUGCUGCCUCCGCCGUAUGAGUGGGCGAUCUGGAGUGAUGACAUCACGUCCUACUACCGCUGGGCCACGAGCCGCAGGCCGUCGCUCGCCUUUGCUGAGGUCUCUUCGAUAGAAGACGACGUGCAGAAGAAUUUCUUCAUCAUGACUGGUGGAAUGUCACAAGAUUGCUGCAACAAUGGUUGUGGGUGCUCUAAUCAAAUCGUAAGGGAUUCUAGGAACGGACAGCUGGAUUGGACUAAGACGAGAAAGGUGCAAAUCUUGAGGAGGAACAAGUACAUUCCAAACAACUAUCGGUCCUGGAUGAUCAGCACUUCUACUACUCAUGGACUUCUCGUUUCGCCGGAGUACAUGAGCAUCUGCCCCAAGUUGGGUCUAGAGGACUUCAUGUGUCCACAGCAGUACAUCCUGCAAACGUGGACAUAUUCCUUCAUCAAUGCAAAGAUCUCCUACAACCCUGAGGGGAUCCCGAUAUCUUCGACUUUUCUGGGAACCACCUACAGCGAGAGAAAUUUCGGCUACAGCACCUGCCUGGGCUGUUUGGAUGGCGUCUUGGGAUCGGGGGAAUACGACGAGCUGUGCAACGUAACGAUCUACGACGAUGACACGUUCAGGACAGUUGCUGCCAGGUACAACUCGAACUGGGUCUCGCUAUGGGCGCUCAACGGAGGGUAUUCAGACUGCCGUGGGGUGCGACUAGCUGAGACUUCUAUCAGGGAAGCGCCGGACCAGCAGCUGUCGGGUCGACCCUUGAGGUUUGCGCAUGAGUACAGAAUGGAGCCAGGAGAAAAUCUCGAGGACGUGGCGAAGCGUUUCGGGGUGACAGUGCAGGAGCUGGUCUACCACAACUACAACCUGAUGACUCACAUCGACAACCCGCUCACCCUGCCGUCAGGAGAUGUUGUAUGUAUAGUGUCAAGGGUGGCAGACGCUGUGGACGCGGGAGGAAGUCCGAUCUGCAUGCCGAGAUGA